AUGGAUCUUUCUUUCACUCUCUCCGUUCUGAGCGAAUGCUCUACGUCAACUUGGGCAUCGCAACUCGGACUGAACUGGGUUGGAACUGGGGCUGCGCCUGGGGUCCUCCCUGGACAGAGUGAUCGGUCUCUCAUUACUGGAGCCACGGCGCUUGCCAGGGCUACCUGGACCACUGUCACUGACACUACGUGCAAGGAUGAAGGAUCCCGGGGAGGGCACCUAGGCAGGCGGGAGCGAUUGCUCGGUGCCAUGCUCCAGCAGUAUGUUCUUGUUGUGUACCCACAGGGCAACGCACCGCAACAUCCGCUUGAUGCGACGGGGGAAAAGAACGCACACAAGGUCGAUUCCGAGAUUCAACCCAAGAUUGAUGGAAUCAUGGCUAUCAUAUUGAUAUAUAAAUGGGACAGUCUCACCAUUGGCUAG